CUUGCAACCUUUUGAGCCCUUUCUUCCUUAUUUUUAUACUAUUAUCAUGGCUUCCAUGUCUUCCCAUGGCUCUGCUUCAUGGACUGCAAAGCAAAACAAAGCCUUUGAGGAGGCUUUGGCACGGUAUGACCGAGACACACCUGACCGAUGGCUCAAUGUUGCAAGAGCUGUUGGUGGCAAAACUGAAGAGGAGGUCAAAAGGCACUACCAACUUCUUGUGGAGGAUGUCAAGUUCAUUGAGUCGGGCCGUGUUCCCUACCCGUAUCGAAACUCGGGAGCCAGUAACUAAG